UCUCUCUCUCUCUAUCUCUCUCUCUCUCUAUCGCGCUCUGUUUGGUUGCUAUGCAGCACAAAGUUGUGCGUCGUUGCCAAGAGGAAACGGAAAUAAAUCUUCUGAAGCCGCAGAAGUCUAAAGCUUUUUUGUUUUGUUUACAUUUUUAGAGCUGUAACAAUAAACUCUAAAUCACUGGCAGGUGCUGCGGGACUCCUGCGGUGUUGUCGCGUCUGCACGCGUGUGUGGGGUGUACUGCACAGAUAUAUACGGGUGUACUGGGGCGGACCGCUCGCGCUCAUCAUCAGAGAGACACACAGACACAAUGGGAGGACAGAAGCUGCACUGAUAACCAGUCUACUACUGAAGCGGCACUGAUGUGGAGCUGGUGUUUGAAGAGCAGGCCAGAGAUGCAGUGAGAAUCGAUUGGCACUGUGAUAAAUGCAUUUGAAUCUGCAGUAGGGCAUUAGUGAGGUAUUGUCUUAAGAUUUCAGCUCUGUCCUUACGAUGGAUUUCCCUUUCGACCUGAAUGCGCUGUUCACCGAGAGAAUUACCGUGCUGGAUAACAACUUGAGUGCAGCUCGGAGAGCGUAUGGGAGACCAGAUCCUAUUCUUCAGAUCAGCACAGUUAUAGAUGAGCUGGGCAAAGCCUCCUCUAAGGCCCAGCAGCUGCCUGCUCCUAUAACCAGUGCAGCGAAGCUCCAGGCCAACAAACACCAUCUCUACAUCCUGAAAGAUGGAGAACAGAAUGGAGGGAGGGGUGUUAUCGUUGGUUUUCUGAAGGUUGGCUACAAGAAGCUGUUUUUACUUGACCAGCGGGGGGCGCAUUUGGAGACCGAGCCUUUAUGUGUGCUGGAUUUCUAUGUGACAGAGACACUGCAGAGACAUGGAUACGGGCUCGAGCUCUUUGACUUCAUGCUGAAACACAAACGGGUGGAGCCUGAACAGAUGGCGUACGAUAGACCUUCUCCUAAAUUCCUGUCAUUUCUAGAAAAGCACUGUGAUCUCAAGAACAGUGUGCCUCAGGUGAAUAACUUUGUGGUGUUCACUGGAUUCUUCCAGAGUAGAUCAGGAACACCUCCCUCCCCUUCAACGGAUCAGGGGAUGUACGGAUUUUUCUGUCCAGCUGAGAAAAGUCCUGCCAAAAAAGCCAGAGGGAGAGAUCAAACCAUAUUCACUAAUGGAAAGAGAAGUGGUUCGGGAGGAGCAGAGGGUUCUCCCCUGGCCGUUCGUACGCCCCGUGGGUCCCCCCCACUCUCCCCCUCUGCUUCCCUCAUCUCCACAAUCCCGUUCACUCAGUGUGGGAUCCUCCCCCAGCCGGGCCCCACUCCGCCCCGCCGCGGCCCCCGGGACCCCCUCCUCCCAGCUCAACGACAGCUGCAGGGCAAAACGCACCAGCUCUCUAAAUAGAUCUAGGCUCAGCUUUCAUUGACCCUCAGUCUUUAACGUCAUUGUAUUAUUAAACUUCUUAGCAAGUUCAAAUUAAAGGAGUAGUUCACCCAGAAUUGAAAAUUUGCUGAAAGUUUACUCACCCUCCGGUCAUCCAAGAUGUAGAUGAGAUUGUUUCUUCAUGGGUACAGAUUUGGAGAAUUACAUCACUUGGGUCACCAGUGGAUCCUCUGCAGUGAAUGGGUGCCGUCAGAAUGAGAGUCCAAACAGCUGAUAAAAACAUACACAAAUAAUUCACACAACUUUACAUCGUGUAAGGGGAAAAGAUAUGUGUUUGUAAGGAACAAAGCCUGGGGGCAAUUUAAUAUUAUAGUCUUAUCCUUAUUAGUAAAAAUAUAUCAGUUGUAUUAUUAAUUAGUGCACCUAUAUUUGUUUCCAGUAUCAAAAUAUGAUGUAUUUCAAGUAGUCUGAGUUAUAUACAUCAUAUUAAAUGUAUAAUGUAUAAAGCGUACAAUGCAAUUGCCCCCGGUCUCCCCUAUUCUCAAUAUGGUAUUACAUAAUAUUCAUGUUUUAUCAGCUGUUUGGACUCUCAUUCUGACGGCACCCAUUCACUGCAAUGGAUCCACUUGUGAGCAAGUG